CGAUCUGUAUUUAAGUAAUUGACGAUCGUUUUCAAACACUUUGACCACGAUGGUGCGUACAAUCGUUGCUCUCUUGGCUUUGCUGGCCCUGGCGCAGGCACGCACCUUUGAAAAGGGUGCACGUGCAGACUGUACGUGGUCCAUCAACAACGAUUUACCAACCACCCAGGCCCUGUACAUUGACCCCAACGGCCCUCUGAACAUCCAUGGCUUCUGGCACCCUCAGAGUGGUGACAUCGUCACCGUCCCUGAAGGCGGUCAGGUUCUGUUCGCCUGCCCCGGAGGAACCCUGAACGGCCCAGGCACAGCUGAAGCUCUCCUCACCUGCAGCGGAGGAAGCUCAUUUGCUGAUGAGAAUGGAAACACCUACACCUUUGGUUCUCUGUCGUGCUCUCGCGAUCCAUUCCACACUGCCAGGAAGGUCAACGGUGCUUCCUGCGAGAUCACCGGUGAAUACUCGCUGAUUGAAAUCGGCUUCGAGCUGUCAACUGGUGUGUUCUACCCUAUCAUCGAAAUCUGCUUCAACGACGCCACCGCGGACUCGCUCUACUCCAAGUACACCCAGACCCCAGCCAUCGGUGGUUACCAGUCUGGCUACCCCAGGCCCGGCUUCGUUCAGGGUGAAUUCUACCCUGGAAUCGUUGACGUCGACUACCAGUACUCCAGGGACGGACAGACUGACGCCGUCGCACAGGCCGUUGGCUCCGCUUCCCUCGCGGGACAGUACAUCCAGAGCUCUGGCGACUACUUCCUGUCUCGCGGCCACAUGACCGCCAAGGCUGACUUCGUCUACGGUGCCCACCACAGGGCAACCUUCUGGUUCCUGAACGUUGCUCCUCAGUGGCAGACCGUCAACGGCGGCAACUGGAAUAACCUGGAGAUGAGCACUCGCUCGUUCGCAGACACACACCCCAACGAUCUAACCGUCUACACCGGUACCCACGGCGUCACCACGCUUGCCGACGUGAAUGGCAACGAAGUGCCCAUCUACAUCGCCUACGACGCCAACGGUAACGGCCUCCUCAGGGUGCCCGCCUUCUACUGGCGUGUCGUCUACGACGAGACCACCCAGCAGGGCGUCGCCUUCGUCGGCCUUAACAACCCGUACAUCGACAGUCCCGGCAGCGACUUCUACCUCUGCCCUGACGUGUGCAGCCAGAUCUCUUGGGUCAAUUGGCAGCCAACCAACCAGGUCUUGGGAUACGCUUACUGCUGCGAAGUCAGCGCUCUCGCCGAAUUCGUGGAGGAGAUUCCUUCCCUCACCGUCUCCGGUCUCCUCACGUAGAUUCUCCAAUUUUUGCUCAGUUUGUCAUCAUCAAUUCAUAUAUUCAAGGAAUAAACGAAUCAAAAAUA